CAAUACAUGGACCCGCCGAACCCGGACGACAAGACCUCCGCCAUCGCAUGCUUGUACGAGCUUUUCUCCAAAACUUUGGCGUUUCCAGCUCCUCAAUGGCAAGGCUUGUUACGAGUGGCAAUGACUGGAGGGUUGCCACGCGAGGAGCAAGCCGCGUGGCUUACAACCGCUAUCACAGCGAUGAAAGCCGACUGGAGUGAGGAGGUUCUCUACACGGAACGCAAGGAGUUGGCCUUGCGGGCGGAAUUCCUGAAACAGGAGCUAAAGCAGCUGGAAGCCACUGAUGCUGAAGAGGCAACCAAGAAGCGUAUAGACACUUCUGCGCAGUUGUUGCGCACCUACGAUGCGGUCCGUCAGAAUCUACAGACAUCGCAGGCCCAGAGGGAUGAGGUGAGGCACCUUCGAGAACAAGAGCUUUUGACUUUGCAGCAGCAGAUCCAGGCACGAAUGGUCGGUUUGCAAAGCUUCGCGGACAGUUGCACUUCCCAGCAAAGGGAUCUCGAGGGAGAGCUCAAUCAGUCGCAAGACAGUAUCAAACUCCAGCUUGAGCACAUGGACGAGGUUCGGGCCGGCAUUGACAAAGAGAUUGAUGAACUGGAUGAAAGAAAGCGCCAGCUCAGGAUCGAGUUGGACACAGUCUCUCGCCAGCUGGAUGAGGCGCGCAUGAAGCAGAAACAGCACAUGGAAUCCUGCGAUCGGCAACGUGCUGAGUUCUACCACACGAAAGCCGCACUGAAGGAGAAGUUGGAUGCGGCAAACACGGAUGGCGCUGUCAAGGCCAAGGAGAAGGAGCUGCUGGACCAAACGAGGCAGCUGAUCGAAGAGACGAGUGUCGCUCUCCAGGCCACUGUCCGCGAGCAGACAGAAGAGUUACAGCAGAAGCAGGCCGAGUUUCAAAGCCAUUUCAAGUUGCUCUUACUCGAUCACCUUCGUUACGCAGAGGGAAGAGCAAAGGACUUGCAAGCCGAGGCCCAGAAGGCCGCGGCAUCGCAGGACCCGGGUGCCAAAGAAGCAGCCCGGGCAGCAGCACAGGGAGCCGCAGAUGCGCUUGACGAGCUCUGCAAGGACAUUGAUUUUCUGGGCGACUCCAGUGUGAAGGCACAGCUUGAGAACCUGAGAGUCGCUCACAGUGCCACCCUGGCCCUCCUCGGUGCACCAGCCAGCGCGGCUUCCGCACCGGCCGCCGCCGCCGCCACCGCCGCCACCGCCUCGCCAACCGCAGCGGCGGAGGCGCCCUAUCCGUCGCAGUCUGCAGCUCAGUCCUCGCAACAGCUUGUGGACGGUGAGUCCUUGCGCGCCUUCUCGCACCGCCAACCAUGUCAUAAGCUGUCGGAGCAGGCUGCGAGGCUCUACUACCGACAGGUCGUCGAGGGUGUCUCUGUGUGCCACGAACGGCUUGUCGCACACAGAGAUUUGAAGCUCGAGAACGUACUGCUCGACAAAGGUCGAGAAGGUGUGAAAAUCAUUGAUUUCGGCUUCGCAGCACACGUGCCUAGCAAAGAAACAAAGCUGAAAGCCUUCUGCGGCACACCAUCGUACAUGGCUCCGGAGAUCAUACGUGGCGAGGGCUACUCAGGCUUUGCAGCUGACAUGUGGGCCCUGGGAGUGGUGCUCUUUGCGCUGCUCUCGGGCACCCUGCCUUUUUCGGCGAAGACGGAGAUGCAACUCUAUGCCAGAAUUCGACGUGGCAGCUUCACCUUUCCUGACUGUCUCGGCGACUCACAGAAACGCCUGCUCCGUGGAGUCAUGCGAAAGGAUGCGACGGCCAGGCCCUCGGCCUCAGCGCUCUUGCAGCAUGCCUGGGUGGCCGGCCGCGAUGAUGCAGGACAUCUCUCGAGUGUAGCUGCCGCCACUGCCUUAAUGACUGACAGUGGAAAGGCCUCGAACAGGCUGCAGGCUCCGCAGCCCGCUGAGGCACCGGUGCGAGCGCACGGAUACCCCAAGUCCGUGACGAAUCAGACGGCGCACUUGGACGAUCUGACGCAGAAGAUCUGCGGGAUCUCCAACAAAGGCGCGACGGCUUUCGGAGGCAGCUGA